AUGAAGGGCGCCGAGAUUGAAGCUACAGCCGUGCCCUCCGGUGGCGAGGGUGUCAAAGUCCAUAUGAAGACAUGGAUCGUCCUCGCUUGCGUCAAUUUUGUAUCCUUUGCCCAGAUCGUGGCCAUCGUUGGCUCCGGGCUUUUGGCUUCAGCGAUCGCUGGGGUCGUGGGUGGGGCUGACAAGACAUUGUGGUUCACCCAGACAAUCAACAUUCUCACCAUCGCCAUCGCUCUUCCUGUCAGCCAGAUUGCUGAUUACUGGGGGAGAAAAUGGAUCCUCACCGUUCUGACACUGUUAGGAUGCAUUGGAUCCAUUCUGGUUGCUAGAGCCCUAAAUGUCGGGUACGUGAUCGCUGGUUUCACCUUGGUCGGCAUGAACGUUGGCACCCAGCCAGUCCUCUACGCGGUGGCAUCCGAAAUCCUACCAAGGAAGCAUCGCGGUUGGGCUAUAAUGAGCACCAACAUAUCUGUCAGCAUUGGAGGCUUACUUGCCCUUUUAACGGGCGGCGCCCUACUUAAAGACGGCGAAAUCGAUCGGUUUCGAGAUUACUUCUACAUCGUCGUCGCCUUCUAUGGCGUUGCUUUCCUUGGCUGCCUCUUUUGCUAUCACCCCCCACCAAGAGAGCUCCAAGUGAGCCUCACAUUUCCUGAAAAGCUGCGCAAACUCGACUGGAUUGGAUAUGCGCUUUUCGCUCCUGGAUUGACACUACUCAGUGUCGCACUCUCUUGGUCGCAGAAUCCUUAUCCAUGGUCUAACGUGCAUAUCAUCGCCACCUUCAUCAUUGGCGUGGUCAUGCUUAUCGCAUUUGGGAUUUACGAAUGGCGCUUCAAAAAGGAUGGUAUAUUCCAUCAUGACUUAUUCCAAAAUCGCAAUUUUCCCAUUGCCCUGGUCGCUGUAUGGGUGGAUGGAUUGUCAUUCUUUACGGCCAACACUUAUUUCGCGAUGCAAUAUAGCAUCUUUACCGGAUCUAAUCUUCUGCUCAGUGCUGCGGCCUUCUCUAUGAUCUUCAUUGUUGGUACCUUGGCAUCUGUCGGUUUCGGCGCAUUUGUGGCCAUAUUCAAAUCAGUCAAAGCUCUCGGUAUCGCCGGAUUAGCACUCAUCGUCCUUUUCAAUGUCCUUAUGGCGACUACCACGCCCUCAACCCCUGCAGCAAACUAUUGGGGUUAUGUGGUCUUUGCGGGGAUUGGGCUGGCUGGCGUCAUUCCCUCAUUCAUGCUGGUCGCUCAAAUGAGUACACCAAGCCAUUUGAUUUCAUUGGCCUCGGGUCUUGACAUCGUCUCUCGACCUGUUGGCGGUGUUAUCGGGCUUGCGGUCAAUACGGCGAUCUUUAACAGUGCAAUGACAGAACAAGUACCUGCCAAGAUCGCGGCUGCAACUCUCCCUUUGGGCCUUCCCGCUACUUCCCUUCCAGGCUUGAUACUGGCUUUGAUGGCGAGAGAUGAUGCGGCGCUAGCAGCAAUUCCAGGCGCCACCCCGGAUAUCAUCCAGGCCGCAGGAGGAGGUCUCAUGUCCGCGUACCACAUCGCCUUCCGGAACUGCUGGAUCACUGCCGCCGCGUUGUGUGUCCCUGGCGUAAUAAUUGCUUGCUUCCUCAAGGGAUUUGAGUCCGAGUUCAAACCACACAUCGAUGCUCCUGUCGAGGCCGAGCUGGUCGAGAUUCAGAAACGCGUUGAGACUCAUCACUUGGAGGGUAAGUUACCUCAGCACGACGAGAAGAGCCAGACGUCAUCAAAUAGACGCGCUUAG